CCGGCAGGCAGUCGGUGGCGGCUAUAAGAAGGGAGGCAGAGUCUCCUCUCUUCUCCACCAUCACACUCACACCACAGCUGAUCUGAGUCCACAGCAGAGCAGAGCACCAUUCUUCUCUCCCAUUCUACUCAACGCAAAAGUCCUCGAGAUCAGAUCGACCGCCCGCUAGGCACACUUCGCUUUGCCGCAACAUCCAUCCCAUCCAUGGCCCCCUCCCAAGAAGUCGCGCCCCCCGCCGCCGCCACCACCAAGGAGCCAUCCACCAACGGCAACGGCAACGGCACGGCCGCAACAGCCCCCAAGACCAAGACGCCGGCGCUGAACGAGCGGAUCCUCUCCUCCAUCACCCGCCGGUCGGUGGCGGCGCACCCGUGGCACGACCUGGAGAUCGGCCCGGACGCGCCCACAAUCUUCAACUGCGUGAUCGAGAUCCCCAAGGGGAGCAAGGUCAAGUACGAGCUGGACAAGAAGACGGGGCUCAUCAAGGUGGACCGCGUGCUCUACUCCUCCGUCGUCUACCCGCACAACUACGGCUUCAUCCCGCGCACCCUCUGCGACGACUCCGACCCCAUCGACGUCCUCGUCAUCAUGCAGGAGCCCGUCGUCCCGGGGUGCUUCCUCCGCGCCAAGGCCAUCGGACUCAUGCCCAUGAUCGACCAGGGCGAGGCCGACGACAAGAUCAUCGCCGUCUGCGCCGACGACCCCGAGUACCGCCACUUCAACGACAUCAAGGAGCUCCCGCCCCACCGCCUCGCCGAGAUCAGGCGCUUCUUCGAGGACUACAAGAAGAACGAGAACAAGGAGGUGGCCGUCAACGACUUCCUGCCGUCAGAGGACGCCUACGAGGCCAUCCAGCACUCCAUGGAUCUUUAUGCUACUUACAUUGUGGAGGGCCUGAGAAGGUAGGAGGAGGAGAAUGCUGCCUGAUGGAUGGUGAUCUGGUGCUGCCUCGCCACUUGCUGCAGAACGAUGUUGACGAAAAAAUUGUGCCUCAUAAACAUACAUACAAUACAUUCUUGUUCUGUUACAUACAUAUAGUAGUAUAUGAUGAUGGAGCUACACCUCAUAAACAGCCUUGAUCAAGUCAGUGGUAGCCAGAUAAGGAAGUCACUCUUUUUCCAUCUAGCUUAUGUAAUACGUUUUCCUGGCUGAAUAUGAGAUGUUGGUAUACUGUAUUUUUUCCCCA